AUGGCCUCUGGUGUUUCCCGCCUCUCCAAAAUCGCGUUCAUGACGCGACUCAUCGUCGUGCUCGUUUCGAAUGGAAGACCGCUGCAGGGAGCAGCCAAUCCGUCAUUUUACGACAGGCCCACAGCGCAGUCGUCGCUCGGCGACCCCGCUACCAACCUUCGGAGCUCCCGCGUGGUCAUGUCUCGAGCACCGCAAGCACCGAAGCUGCGGCUCUCUGACGAAGCUGUCCGCAAGACACCGGAGACGACGUCUCCUUUGGUUGCGAAGACGGUGGACACGGGGAAUCGUGUGGGAGUGUCGUGGACGCCAUUGUUGCCGUUGCGUCUCUCGUGCUCACGUGAACCGAGGACGACGUCAGGGCUGGGUUCUCGUCAGGGAUGUCAAUCCAUGUUUCCUCACUUGUGGGCCCGAUCCCCGCGAGACUCGCUAUCGUCUGCAGCAGACUUUCCGGUACAGCAUCACGAGCGGGAGUACUGGAGUAGACGUCGGAAGGAGCACGUGAAGCUUUCGUGCUGCUCAUCAAAUGCACGCGCCGCCUUCCUUGAGCGCCGCCUCCGACCCUCGGUCUUUCCGUGCGCCGGGAAAGGCGCAGACCAGUCGGCUGUAGACAGCACUUCGACGACGGCGAUAACCGCGGGGAUGUACGGGGAGCACGGUAGAAACCCGCCCCAGGGGAUUCCUUCAGAGACGUUCUAUCCAAGAUUUCCGGUGCCCUCGAGGAGCUCGAUCGGCUCUGGGUCAAGGUUGAGAGCUGGCCCGUCACUACUUCCUGAUGCAGUGCGGGUCGACCACGGUCCGUAUAGUCGCCCCACCCCGUUGUAUGACACAGAGAAUGUGCAUAUAAAGGAGUCCAAGAUCGACGAGGGGACGCGGAACAGGAGGACGAGACGACGCAGAGGAGAGGUCGCGGAGGUCGCGGAAGCAGCACCAAUGGCUCCACGCACGCUCGCAAAGAGCACUUCUGUCGGGCCGUAG